GGUGCAAAGCCGCCAGAGUUCAAUCAGCUGGGGUUACACACCAUUACACCUUUUUGGCUCGACCUUCCAUUUUGCAAUAUUUUCAGGUGCAUAACACUGAAUAUUCUUCAUCAAUUACACAAAGGUGUAUUUAAAGAUCAUCUCGUCAACUGGGCAACACAAUGCAUGAAGGGAGGUGCACCUGAAGUUGACCGAUGCUUUAGAUCAAUGCCAAAGCAGGGCAAUCUGAAGCAUUUCAAGAAGGGUAUAUCAUUGGUGAUGCAAUGGACUGGAGUCGAAUACAAAAAUAUGGAGAAAAUAUUCCUAGGUGCAAUCUCAGGCAGCACAAAAGACAUCCAGGUUCUCAGUGCUGUACGCGCAGUGCUUGACUUCAUCUAUUAUGCUCAUUUCGAGAUCCAUUCUGAAGAGUCGCUUACUCUAUUAACGGAAGCAUGGCAAGAAUUUCAUCACAAUAAGGAUGUUUUUGUGCAGCUAGGUGCAUGCGCCAAUUUCAAUAUUCCGAAGUUUCAUGCUGUCGAACAUUAUCCCCAAUCAAUCAGAUUAAAGGGUACUGCAGAUGGCUAUAGUACUGAAGGCUCCGAAAGGCUGCAUAUCGAUUUCGCAAAGGUGGCAUAUGGUGCAAGUAAUAAAAAUGCGAAUUACACUACGCAAAUGUGCAAGUGGCUUGACCGCCAAGAAGCAACUUUGCGAUUUGACUCCUUCCAGCAAUGGGCAAAGGCCAAGGAUGCUGGCAUUCCAAUCACACCUGCUUACCUCUCCAUGAUCGACUCUGCUUCCAAUGCUCAUGACACGGAUGAUCCUAAUCUGCCAGAGCCAGAGGAGGAUGGACUAGAGCCUCUGCUUCAAGAUAUUUUUGACAAGGCGGCACCCUGCUUGACUGCUAAACAUCCCACCUUUCCAAGUGUAUCAGUUUCGACACUUGAGCACGACUUCAGGGUUGCAUUUUUAGGAUAUUAUAUUGAUCAAUUUCUGUGCCAGCUUGCGACCUCCAAGCCUGAGACCCCAAUUCCUAAAUUGUGA